UUUAUUCAUGUCAUUUGGGAUGGUUAGGAUUGGGUUGAUUGAGUCACGGGUUAGUCGGGUUCGGAUCAACCGAGUUGAGAGUUUAAUCAGGUUGCAGAUCAAUGAGGUUCGAGUUAGUCAGGAAGGGAGUUUAUCUGGUGCGGGUCAGUCAGAUUGCGGAUCGAACAGAUUGCCUGUCAUUGACUUUUUUCAAUUCAUACUGUGGUUAGGUUGAUGGUCGGGUUGACCAGACGAGUUACUCUGGUUCUCCAUUGAUACCUCUAAUUCUGUGGGACCUUAUUGUAAUAUUCCAAUAGCAUAGUAGUUAAUGAGAAAUGAGGAAAAGUUGGAAGCUAUCUCUUUUCUUCAUGCUCCUCUCCUGUCUCCUCUUCAUCGACUCAGUCUUCUCUCUCUCUCUCCUCUCUGUGUUUCUCUUGUCUCUCUCCCCAUACAGUGUUCUCUUGGGUUUUUCCAGAUUUAGAUCAUUCCAUUAAAGCUCCUCGAAAAUUGUCCGAAUCAGCCGAACCCCACGUCGUAUUCUUCGCUGAAAUUCCACCCUCUUCGACUCUUCCCCAUUUCAGCUCGCCUUCCUCAAAGUUUCUCCGUCCUCAUAUCACUUCCAUUUCUGUAUAUUCUCAUACAUACAACAAACAAAUAACUACAGCAAAGCUCUAGUUCCCCCAAUAAUACUAGAUGCAGGGGACCAGCGUAAAUGAAUCGGGCGGCUGUCAGCUGGCGGGCUUCUGGGUCGGGUCGUCGGGUUGAUUAAUGGAAGAAUAAUGCGGAGGUUACGGUGACGUGAUCUCGUGUGCCGUUUUGAUUGAUCUGUCUCGAGCUUUCAAAAGCGGCCGGCGGAAGGGCAUGCAUAGCAAAAAUGUUGUGCGCUUACGUGGCGGCGGAGGAAGGAGCUGAAUGAGCGAGAAAUAGAGGGAGGAAGAGAGGAAGUUGAGGGUGAUGGCGACGGCGGCGAAUCGGCUGGUGGUGAAGGUGAGGAGGGAUGUGAUUGAGAGUUGCAUGACGUGUACUAUCUGCAACAGGCUCUUCAGAGACGCCACCACCAUCUCCGAGUGUCUUCAUACCUUUUGUAGAAAGUGCAUAUACAAAAGGAUAUCCGAUGACGGGUUGGAAUCAUGUCCAAUCUGCAACAUUGAUCUGGGCUGUGUGGCGCUGGAGAAACUGAGGGCGGAUCACAAUAUGCAAGAUGUAAGAUCAAAGAUCUUUCCAUUCAAGAGAAUAAAGGUUGAGGCACCUGAUCACAUUACACCUGAAGUAUCACCUGAUGUUACUUCUGAAGUUUCACCAAUGGUUCCAUUACCAGUUAGAAGAAAGGAGAGAUCGCUCUCAUCAUUAGUAGUCAAUGCUCCAAAAGUGUCGACACAGAAUACAACAACUGGAAGAAGAACCAAACUUGCUCCAAGAAAAAGUAGUUCUGCUACAAGGAGCUGCAGUGUUCCCUCAGAUCAUAAACCCAUCACGAAGGACGGUGAUCACAUUGUGGAAGAUUUCCCUGAGAGUUCAAGUUCACGAGAAACUGAUAAGAAAUUCAACAAAAAUGGAAGAAAGAGUUCAUCAGCUGAGCCAAGCCAAUCUGCUUCUAAUGCCGAGGCACCAAAUAUUGGUGAUGAACCAUUGGAUGGGAAAUCUGAUCUCUGGCAACCUUUAAAUUUUUUGGUAGAAGUUGCAAGUAUUACCAAGUCUUACAAGUGUAAUAAUAAUUCACAGCUUCCUGAUGUUAAAUCAGAAUCUAUUCAUCUCCCUGAAAGUGAACUUUCAGUUAGGAAAUCCAAAUAUAGGGAAAAUAAGGACAAGUCAAAUGUUGACAGCGAGAAGAUCCAGAUCUAUUCUGAUUCCCAGGAGCCGGAAGAACCAAAGAAACAGCGCAGGAUUCGCCGAAGAAAGCCAGCUGCGAAGGAUUCUGGUAUCUCUUCCCAAGAUGUCCUUGAUGCAUCAAGUUCAAAGCAAGAGAGCAGGGUCACUCCUGUUUGGUUCUCACUGGUUGCUUCUAGUGAACAGGAAGGAGAUGCAUCUUUGCCACAAAUCUCAGCAAACUACUUACGGAUUAAUGAUGGAAGUAUACCGGUUUCAUUCAUCCACAAGUACCUUAAGAGGAAACUAGACCUCCAUAGCGAGGAAGAGAUUGAGAUAAAAUGUAUGGGACAACCAGUCGUCCCAACGUUGCAACUCCGCAAUCUAGUUGACCAGUGGAUCCAGAAAGAAUCAACAUCAGAAAGAGCCGCGGCCAGGGUUGGUUCGUCGGCCAAGGAGUUCGUUAUGGUUCUCGCAUAUGCUCGAAGGGAAUCAAACCGCAGCAAUCACCCACCCUUUGGUUGAUUGCACCAUACACAUACGGAACUGGGUUUUCCCCCCUAACAGUCGGGCAACAACACCAUAUAAUAUACAGCAGAAGUGAGGGCUCAACGAGUUAGUCACCGGCACAACACACCACAAUACCACAUACAGCUAGUUGUCUUUGUUUACAUAGUGAGCAUGAUGACAUUUUCGUUUCUGAUUCUUUUACACUUGGGAAACAUUUUCCGUUCACUUUCCAAGGGAAUGUAAGAUGGCCAAUCUGGCGAUUCAUAGUACUGUUGAUAGACAGAACGUGGCGGGGACUCCGAGGAAUCUAUCCCAUGGUACUUUGAAACAGGCUACGUGGAAUCUCGCAGUCGGCCGGGGAUUCUUUCUACGCGUUGGUGACACGUUCACCUUGUUGACCGAGUGGAUGACAACUAUGUUCGUUUUCGUCAUACUCAGACAACUCAUUGAAUCAAACAAUUGUUAUUAGUUGGCGAUUUGCAGAUGGGGGUGACGUUAAUUUUCAGGAAAUAUCUGAAUUCUGUUGCUUUCGUUACGUUGGGG